CAUCUCAGCUCUCUCUCUCUCUCUCUCUCUAUACAUUUCUACUACUCAUCAAUGGCGAAUUCAGACGAAUCCAACCCCCUUUUAGCGAAUCAACCAAACUCAGACGAUGAGAAGAAAGCCCCCAAAGCCGCCGCCGCUCCGCCGGCAAAACAGUCGCCUCCACCACCGCCAGCUGCCGGAGCCACCUACGGCUGGACCGCCGAUGGAUUGCCGCUAGGGCAUGGAAGCGUGGUGGGAGAGCCGAUGCGUCGUUCUCAGUGGGACUCCAGCCUCUUCGCUUGCCUCGGACGCAACGAUGAAUUCUGCAGCAGCGAUCUCGAAGUUUGCCUCCUUGGAAGUGUGGCCCCAUGUGUGCUUUAUGGAAGCAAUGUUGAGCGACUUGGCUCUAGUCCAGGGACUUUUGCAAAUCACUGCCUACUUUACUCCGGUCUAUAUUUGGUUGGGAAAUCCAUUUUUGGCUGGAACUUCCUGGCCCCCUGGUUUUCAUAUCCUAGCCGUACAGCUAUCUGCCGCAAGUUCAAUCUAGAGGGCAGCUGCGAGGCAUUUCACAGAUCCUGUGGAUGCUGUGGAAGUUUUGUGGAGGAUGAGAUGCAGCGUGAGCACUGUGAAUUAGCCUGCGACUCUGUAACUCAUGUCUUCUGCCAUGCAUGUGCACUUUGCCAGGAAGGUCGUGAGCUCCGUCGUAGGCUUCCUCAUCCCGGGUUUAAUGCCCAACCAGUCUUGAUUAUGAUCCCGCCUGGAGAGCAGACAAUGGGUCGUCAUGGAGCCUGAGAGUAUUCUGCCUCAGCGUUAAUAUGAUUCUGACUUUCUGCUCAAACUACAAUUCCAUCAUGUACUUUGCCCUAAAUUUGGUGUGUGUUCUGGCUUUGAUAAGUAAACUCGAAAUUUGGUGUUAAUGUAUACAUAAGCUACCAUGAUAAUAUGUAUGUUUUGUGUUUAUAGCAAAUAGUAAUUGUCUCUGGUGCCUAGUUAGUGAUAUAUGAAGAUAUGCCUUUUGUAUGUGGACUAAAGUGAAGAAUGCAAAAUAAAAGCUGAUAAUCCUAUGGUUCUUGUCUUAA